AUGGCGAUCACUACAGACUACCCUGGAAUCAAGGGCGAAGUUCGUGUUGCUGAAGCCGUCCUACAGGAAUAUGACGACGAUGAGGCGGAGAGCUCGACGAAUGCGGCGACAAAAUACAUCGAGGCCACUUCCGGGUCGACCUUCGACAUUCGCUUUGAGAUGACUCCAAAAUGGCCAGACAACCCAGUCUUAUUUCGAACUUAUGUAGAUGGGCGGCACGUUCGAGAUCGUAUCGCAAAGCAGGAGGACUUCAGAGGUACUAGCUACGAGAUACUGGUUGAAGGCUCAGCUUAUACAGAGAACGAGCGGCGGUUCAUAACCAAAUUUGCUUUCUCUGCCCUCCGAAUUGGUAUUCUGGCUGAACAUUGA